AUGAACAAUUUUGUUAAUGAGAAAAAUAUCAUUUAUGAAGAGGAUUUUAAUAAAGAGAUUCAAUAUUCUAUAGAUAAACCUGGUGAUCAGAAUAAUGCAACUUAUUCUUAUCUUAAAUUUCAAGAAAUGAAUCAUGUAUCAAUAGAUUCAGAUUCUGAUUUACGUCUAAAAAUAAAUAAAGAUCUAUCAACUUAUAAUGUAGAAAAUAAUACAUUUGCAUAA